CCAUGGGUGCGGCGCGUGGGUGCGGCGCGUGGCUCUCCAUCGGCUCCUGUAUAAAUAGCCGGGAUCAGCGGAUCCGUUUUCUGUGGGAACGAAGCGUGAGCAGCGCUGCCGGGGUGAUCCGACGGCUCCUCCUUUUCUAAAAGCGACACAUCAGGGAUUACUGUGUAACGGAUCAGUGCUUCGUCGCUGCUGCUGCUCAGUUCAGGUCUCCACCAGUCCGGUUCCCCACCCGUUGGCUUCUUUAGCAAGCGUUUCUCAAGAUUCACCAUGAUGCAAGUCGGUCCCGAGUUUUCCAGCCACAAACACUCUCUCCUCAACGUGAUGAACCGCUUCAUCGCUGCAACCAACAACAUGGAUGAAACCAUCAUGGUGCCCAGUCUGCUGCGGGAUGUUCCACUGGAGGAGCAGGAGAACCAGGACCCCGUGGUGGACAGCAGCAGUGACAAUGCCGAUCCCGCCUCCCCGGGGAAGCGGAGGGACAUGUACGAGCACUACCUCUUGCUGAAGUCCAUCAAAAACGACAUGGAGUGGGGGUUGCUCAAAAGGGAGAGGAGCGGUGGCGCCAGCUUCCUGGAGAUGGCUGUCAAACAGGAGGAGCCCGCACCGCCCCUCGAGGCCGAGUCAGCCGCGUACGAAGACAACGCGGACCUGGAGAGUCAGUUCCAUUAUCACCUGCGGGGGCUUUUCGGGGUCCUUUCUAAGCUCACUGUACAAGCAGACCACCUCACCAAUCGGUACAAGAGGGAAAUUGGCGGAGGCAACUUCAUGAGAUAGACACGGUCUCAGGUUGAACUCUUGGUUUCUUGUUCCUUUCCGCCGUCUUGCGUCGGCGAGAUGCGCCGCGCGCCGAAGUGGGCCGUUGCGAAGCGUGUCUCGCGUGUCAUGUUCACUACACACAAAGGGCCUUGAGCUCAGAAGAGCGACUAACAUGCAAGUUGCGUCAUGCCAGACUUGCCCAAGCAGGCCCUGCCCAACGAUUGUUCCGGACCGUGACAUUUCGCAUGUCAAGCCUGUAAAUCCCUUAGAAUAAAUAUGCAAAGGUUCAGGGUUAAACGAGGACACACCAGGAAGUAACCCACAUGAGAUUAUUCAGGGAUCUAUAUCUCAUUGACCUUUAUGACUUUAUGACCUUAUUCCAAAAGUUACAACUGUUAAGAGUUUGAGUGGACUUGAGUGACAUAUACUAAAGUAUGAUUUUGCAGGAAGAAAUAUUUCAUUCGAAGCAGAUCGUGUUAGGGUAACAGGUAUGCAGGUGUGUUCGCUGUGGGCCUGCAAACCCUUUUGUCUCAUGGUGGAACAUUAAUUUGGUGAAUUGAUUUUUGUUGAAGUCUAUGAACGGAGAUGUAAUUCACUUGCCCCUCUGAAGUGGCUGUAAUGCUGCUGUUCACACUGAAAAUGUGUAAAACCAGAAAUAAAGAAGUAUGACAUGUUAUUUUUAUUU